AUGGCGGGCCAACUAUUUGCGUUAGGGCUAUUCGCCGCCACGAGGGUCGUCGCGCAGGCAGUAGCUACAUAUGACUAUAUCGUUGUGGGUUCAGGUCCCGGAGGCGCACCACUCGCGGCUAACCUCGCACGAGCGGGAUACCCGACGUUGCUACUAGAGGCAGGUGAUGACCUAGGGAAUAACAAGAACUAUUCAGAUAUGAUCAACUUUAACCUUGCGGCGAACGAUGAGAAAUCACGAUGGGACUUCUUUGUUAAGCACUCUUCGGACGAGGAGCGUGAGGGCAAGUAUGAGCACACGACGUGGCGCAAACCUGACGGAUCUUUCUACGUCGGCCUCGACCCUCCAGAGGGAUCCGAACGACUGGGUAUUUAUUACCCACGUUCAGCGACACUUGGAGGUUGCGCUAUGCAUAACGGUGGUGUUUGCGCGCUCCCCUCUGAAGAUGAUUGGAACGCGAUCGCCGAGAGCACCGGAGACGACACGUGGUUAGCGAAGAAUAUGCGACAGUACUUCGAGAGGAUAGAGACAGCUCACUAUGUACCCCCUGAAACUCCUGGACAUGGAUACACCGGAUACCUCAAUCUCACGAUUAGCGACCCUGCCUUCAUGCAGCAGUCAUCUGACGUGCGGGAUAUUGCAAGUAGUAUUAUUGAGGUUACGGGUGGCGAUGUAACCCGGGAUAUUAAUGCUUUAGAUCCGGAUCGAGAUCAGUCCACGGGCGUCUUCGGGCUCGCCAGUCACGCUGAUCCUACCGGACAUCGCGUUGGUACUAAUACUUAUAUCCGGGCGACUUUGGAUGAUCCAGCCAAGUACCCCUUAACCGUCCAGCUCCGGAGUCUCGUUACUAAGGUACUAUUUUCGGAAGAUUCCGAGGAACCAACUGCAAUCGGUGUCGAAGUCCUCCGUGGCCAAUCUCUAUACAAAGCCGAUCCACGUUACAACGGUACUAAGGGAGAGGUUGUCCAGAUAUUUGCUAAGAGGGAAGUCAUCGUUUCCGGAGGCGCAUUUAACACGCCGCAGAUACUCAAGCUUAGCGGCAUCGGGCCGGCCGAGGAGCUUGAAAAGUUCGAUAUUCCCGUCGUAAAAGACCUUCCCGGUGUGGGUGAGAAAUUGGCAGAUAACUACGAGGGAGGCGUGCUGGCGCUGGCUAGCAAGCCGUUGAACGGAUCGUCGGGCCCAAUCGCAGUACAGCUCAAGACACCUACGGCGCGUAAGAACCGUAACAUCUAUGCUUGGUGCAAGUCUUUCUCCUUUGAAGGGUUCUGGCCUGGCUACCCGACCGAGUAUGGCCCGUCGCAGUAUGAGUGCGCGUUCGUACAUAUGAACCCGCGGUCGCAGGCUGGAUACGUCCACCUGCGCUCGAAUGAUCCGCAGGAGCCGCCGGAGAUCAACUUCAACUUCUUCGAGCACGGUGGGGAUGAAGAUCUGACUGAAAUGUUGGACGCGGCAAAGACGUUCCGGAAGGCCAUCACGUCAGUCGGCGAGCCAAUCGGGCCCUUUAAUGAAAAGCAUCCAUGUCCAGGCAUAAACCAGAACUGCACAGACGCAGCGCAAAAGGAAUUCUUGAAACUGCAGACAUACUCACACCACGCCACAAGUACGUGCGGGAUAGGGCCCGCGGACGAUAGGCUAGCGGUGUUGGACUCGAAGUUUAGGGUCCAUGGGGUAAAGAACCUGCGCGUCGUUGACGCAUCUUCUUUUCCGGCCGUUCCCGGUGCAUUCCCGGUCUGCCCAGUCUUUAUGCUCGCGGAAAAAGCAACGGAUGACAUUUUGAGAGACGCCAAAGCUACUUCCCGUUCCGCAUAA